UCAUCUUAAUCACUUCUUUUCUUUCGGAACUCCCAAAUAAUAUGAAGUAUUAGAUUAAUUACAAUCACAUUAAUCAUCUCUCUCUCUCUCUCUCAAUCAUCGUUCUCUCUCUUACUUUCCUUUCUUCAGAACCUCCCAUAAGCCCAUUAAUGUGGUACCUCAGUAGAGCAACCAACUCCAACAACCCCUAUCAACCCUCUCCCAAUCACUUUCUCUAACUCCAUCCUCUCUGUAUCCGACGCCGGACUUUUCCAAGAAGUCUCCAUUUUCAAAGUCCCAAACACCAGAGACGACGACUCUGACAAACACCCAAACCCAAAUCAAACAACUGCUUGGGAAUGGUUUUCAUAUCACGCUUCUCCGACCAAAUUAAGGGCCGUUGUGGUCCCUCGGAGCCCGUCGACGACGACCCAGUUGUUGGGCAUCACGCGGGGCGGCCGGUUCUUGUGUGUCAAGAGUCGUUGCCGCUCCGCCGGCGCCGCGUGCCACCCUAUGCGAGUACAGACUUGAGGACAACUCGUGGCAUGAUUUUCCCAAGAUGCAGUGCGAGCGCCGGAACCCAUUUGCUUCCGCCGGUGCAAUUAUGGAUCAUUGUCUCUAUGUAGCUGGAGGGUAUGAAGGCAAUCUAACUCAUGCUGAGCCUUCAGCUUAUCUCAACUCAGCAAAGCGGCUCAACCUCAAAACACGGGAAUGGCAAGCAUUGCCAUCCAUGCAAAAAGCAAGGGCAUUUGCAACAGGUCUUGCUCACAGGGGCAAAUUCUACGUUUUUGGUGGUGCAACUCCCAAGGACUCAGCUGAAAUCUACAAUCCUCUCUCAAAUACAUGGCUGCCUCUAAACUCAUUUUUGCGAGAGGAGGCUGAAGGGUUUGCAGUGACAACAAUGCUUGGGAAUUUGGUAAUACUGACCUGGUCAGAUCGACUAGGCAUAAAACUGUGGCUGAGGGUUGGAGAGAAUAAUGAAGAUUUGGAGAUUGGUAACUGGAAAAUGGUCUGUUUCUUUCCAAACACUGAAGUUGAGAGGUCGCAAUUUAGGCGUCAUGGGGCAACAAUGGUGCGACUUGGGAAGGAGGUGUUGGUUCUGGUUGGAGGAUUGGGUACUUGUGUUUGGAGAGUGGAUGCACCAGUAGAGUGGCCAAUAUUUCCAGCACCAAAUUUUCGUCCUGGCGUCGAGCAUGAAGUGGUGCAUGGGGGCCAUAUCCAUGCCUUCACCAUCCAGGAUGAUGGCACACUUGGUUGGAGAUAAAUGAGAAUGGCACACCGAUUUCCUUUUACAUGAUUAAAGAUAAAUGAGAAUGGCGAAACAAGAUUUGCCUAGUUGAAACACGGCUUUGAUUUGCAUCAGGUUGAGUAGGUUAUAUGCAUUCACAAUUCUUUGAUCCGAAGUUUUUAAUUUUUGAAUAUGUAAAGUUGAGUGAUUGAACCGUUUUGAUGGUUACACAUAGAUAGAAUCCCCAAGUUGGGAAAUGGAGUACAUGACAAUUGUUGUAGCAAAAUGUAGAUUCUAUGUUAUGUCUCUUCCAAAAUUUUCACUCUUUUUGGGGGACUAACAGGGUGAAACAUUUACUAUGUACAUAAGAAAUACUGAAAUAGUAAUUCUGA